GGCAUUCAUUACGAUCACUCUAAACUUGACAAACAUGAUAGGCAAAUUAGCCUUACCUAUAUCAACAAUUGGAUCAAACAUGUAGUUGAAUGUAACAAUGUUCAAUAUCUCAGUCUACAUCUUCCAUUGAGUUAUAGAUUUGCUUCUACCAUUAUCAGUAGUAGAACUCUAGUUGUUCUUAAGCUUCAAACUAUCUAUAUGGAUGAAGUUUCUCCUUCUAGAUUUCCCUCACUCAAAACCUUACAUUUGAAUGAUAUCUUGUUUAAUAAAAAUUCAGAUUUUAUGCUGUUUCUAGAUGGAUGUCCGGUUCUUGAAAAUCUAGAAAUAUCUUUUAUAUACAUCAAGUCUAUUAAUCAAAGUGAUUUUGAACACUUUGAAAGCAGCUCAAGCUUAACAAAGUUGAACAAAGCAUAUAUUGAAGGCUGCGGUUGCCACUUUCCGAUGAAACUGCUUUCAUAUUUGGAGUUUCUUCACAUACAACUUUCAAAGGAUAUUUACACAACUGACGUAUAUGAUUUUCCUACAUUCCAUAAUUUGACACACUUGGUGCUCCAAUGUGAUUGGGAUAUAGUUGUACAAGUUCUCCAACACUGCCCUAAGCUUCAAAAUUUUGAACUUUAUCAGAACUUACUCGAUCGCCGGAAAAAUGAUGAAGAAAAUUGGGCAGAUUCAGACUUUGUUCCAGAUUGCCUUUCAUUAAACCUUACGACUUGCACUAUUCGGGACUUUGCAUUUGCAGACCUACAGAGUCACAUUAUGUUAGCAGGAUUUAUUUUGAAGAAUGCAAGAGUUUUAGAAACCAUGACAAUCUGGUGCAGCAGGGAACUGUCCGAAAUAGAAAGACAGUUAUCUGCAUGUCCAAGGGCUUCUGCAACAUGUCAACUUUAUUUUUAUUUUCAAUUUGUCGAUGACAUAUAUUAUAAGGAUAUAUAA